AAGACUGAAGAGAUUUCCACAUAUUCGGCGUGACUACGAAGAAGCAAACUCAUCAAUUUCUUUCCUCACUCGUGUUGCAAUAAAACAAAAAUACUAGUAUAUAUAAAAACACCAUCAUGCUUAGUGCUUACCCUCAAGAAAUUGCAGGGAAGAACAGACCCCACUGUGUUGAGACUUGAGAGGGAACCACCGUGAAUCGAAUCGCAAUGGGAAGCGAAGAAGAAACCUCAACCUCAACCUCAUUCUGCCACCACGUACCCAACCUCCUCUCAUCAUUCGUCGACACCUUCGUCGACUUCUCCGUCAGCGGCCUCUUCCUCCUCCCUCCACCGCCUCCCUCUCCGCUUCCCACGCGCCUCCCCUCUCAAUCCCGCCUAAUCGCAAUCGGUGACCUCCACGGCGACCUCGACCGGUCCAAGCAAGCCCUCCGCCUCGCCGGCCUCAUUGACUCCUCCGACCGCUACGCUGGAGGCUCCGCCACCGUCGUCCAGGUCGGCGACGUCUUCGACCGCGGCGGCGACGAGCUCAAGAUCCUCUACUUUCUCGAGAAAUUAAAGCGCGAGGCCGCAAGAUGCGGCGGGAACAUCAUCACCAUGAACGGUAACCACGAGAUCAUGAACGUCGAGGGCGAUUUCCGAUUCGCUACGGAGUCUGGUGUCGAGGAGUUUAAAUCUUGGCUGGAAUGGUUCCGAUUAGGGAACAAGAUGAAAACCCUCUGCAACGGUUUGGAACCGCCGAGGGAUCCCUUGGAAGGCGUCACCGUCACCCCCCGCGGCGGCGUGAGGAGCGAGCUCCUCGACGGGUUUCGGGCUAGGGUUGCGGCUUUGAGACCUAACGGUCCAAUCUCGAGAAGAUUCUUAUCGCAAAACGUCACCGUUUUGGUCGUUGGCGACUCGCUCUUCGUCCAUGGCGGAUUGUUACCGAAGCACGUGAAGUAUGGGUUGGAGAAAAUCAACGAGGAGGUGAGGGAUUGGGUUAAUGGUUCCUCCGGUCUGGUAUCGCCGUCGUAUUGCCGGGGGAGAAACGCCGUGGUUUGGCUGAGGAAAUUCUCCAAUGAGGCUGCGCAGGAUUGUGAUUGUUCAACCCUAGAGUAUGUUCUUUCCACGGUUCCCGGCGUGAAGAGGAUGGUGAUGGGGCAUACUAUUCAGACGGUUGGGAUUAACGGGGUUUGCGAUAACCGGGCGAUUCGGAUUGAUGUGGGGAUGUCAAAAGGGUGUGGUGGUGGUUUGCCUGAGGUUUUGGAGAUUAAUGGGAAUUCGGGUUUGCGGAUAUUGACUUCGAAUCCUUUGUAUCAGAACGCGAAGAAGGAGAAAGAGAUUGGAUUGUUGGUUCCGGAAAUUGAUAUACCUAAGCAAGUUGAAGUUAAGGCUUAGUGAGAAUUCUCUGCCCUGUGUUUUUCAUGGUUGUUUGUUUAAUUAUGGGGGUUUGAAGGUUUUGGGUGAUGAAUUGAUGAUGCUGAUUCCUUUCAAACUUCAUAGAUGUUUGUUUACUUCUUUAAUUGAUAGCAGCUUCUUUGCGGUUGUUGAAGUGCCCUGUGUUCUUCCUCCGCCGCUCAUAACCAGGUCAGCUCCGUCGUCCACGGUUUAUACCGGUUUGCCUAGCCUAGUCUUGGUUACUUGUUUCCUUAUAUUGUCUCAUUCGAGUUUGUUUUCUUUUUUCUUAGCUUCUGGUUUCAGGCUUAAUUUUCUGAUUUUAGUUAGUGGCUUUCUGGAUUAGAUCAACUUCACACUCCACAAUCAUUAAUGCCAUAUUCUUCUCUUGGUUAAAAAUAGUGUUAGGUUGAGUUUAAAACCCUGACCUUGCUUACUUGUUUGCAUUAACUUAUAGCUUAUUGUAUUCGAUGAUGAAUUGAUUGUGGUAUUUGAAAAAAAAAACUAACAGGUCACUUUAAUUU